CAACCUUGACCUUGUUAGUCGGUGACGCCCGGCACACACACAGUCAAAAUCGGGCUGACAGUCACAGCACCGCCAGUCUCCAGAGCCGAUCGACCCUUUUCUCACCCUCCCUGCCCCGGCCCCGGCCCCCAAGUACAGUUCGUGGGAACGCAAGCUUUAGACCACAUCAUUGCUUAUUGCCUUUGGUCGGCUAAUACCCACCCCCGAUCGAGUUCGCUGGCCGUCGUCCUGCUUCCCUGAUCUGCUCGCGAAUUGCGUCUUCUGACCCGGGGCGUUUGUCCUUUUCUGACAUCUUCAUCGUCACCGUCCUGCAAGAGAAUCACCAUCUUCACCACUACUACCGCUGCCUAUCUGACUGAGACCGACUAACUGCGAACCAUAAGCGCUCAGUUCUCUCAGCCAAGACAUCCUCAGCCAAUUUUUGUAUUCUUCCCCGCCGCUGCAAGAGGACCUUGGGCGACGGAUACCCCACCAUUAACCAUCAUCAUCAACUUGACUGUCUAUUCAUCACAACACACACACACACACACACAUUCUCUCUCUCUCUCUCUCUCUCUCUCUCUCUCUCUCUCUCUCUCUCUCUCGGUUUCACUCAUCCAUCGACCAUCGACCAAAGGUUUUCCGGCUUGCUGCUGUAGGUCUCGUGUGGCACCCGAUACAGUCACCCUUGAGCCACAAAGCUGUCAACAUCCGCCACCUGCAUAUCAGUGCAACGCGGGGACGCGCUCUGUUUAGUUCUGCCUCGACGAGAAUUGGUCGUGGUUUGUCCGACCUUGCACUACCCGCCCUCUUCUUUUCCAAAUCUACGCCGUCACAAGCAUCGCCAUCCUGGCUUCCCGCGGGUUUGCAGGAGGGGAGCAGCUCAGUGGUACUUGGUGCACCGAGUCCGUCUCACACAGGCCUUUGCUCUCGAUCGCCAUCCCUCAUCGACUCCGCGGGUCUAUAACAGGCCCAAACCGUCACCAUUUCUUCCCAACUUCGCAUCCAGUCUAUACUCUCCCCCGCAUCGGACUCCGAUGACGCACCAACGGCAUCCUCCACCCAGACCACGCCCAAGAGGAGGUUCCAAGACGUCUAUUCCCCCACGGAGAGAACUUCCGUGCCCCCGGCCGCAACAGACCUCACGGAAAGACAGCCUCCGGCCGGUUCCAGGCCCAACAUACCCGCCGUGCCCGACGACGAUGAUUCGAGGCCCACGUUAAGCGGCGGUUCGAGCGCCAAGAGACCUUCCAGAGCCAUGCGGCCUCCAAUGAGGUCUAGUAUAGCAUGUCUUCGGUGCAGGAAAUCCAAGAUCAAGUGCGACAAUGAUAACACUGGGUCGCCCUGCGACACCUGCAUCAAGGCGGGCCACAAGUGUGAGUUUCCGGAUCCCACGCCCCUCCCGGCCAAGCGAGCCGAACCUCCCACUGCACCGAAACAGGAGAAGGACGCCGGCCAUGAUCGGAAACGGGUGAAGAAGCUCGAAGACGCCACUCACUCCGAAGGACGUACGGGCACAGUGUAUGCGCAGGAGGUUCUCGCGGCACCGUACCUGACAGUGGAUUUGUGGCACCAACUGUUCGACAUUUACAAGCUGCACUUUGCCACCGAGCUUCCUUUCUUGCACCUCCCGACGUUGAAGGGCAUCAUCCACGACAAGGACAGCAAGAAACCGUCGGCCGAGUCGAACUUGGUUCUUCUGGGCAUCCUGGCCCUCACGGCAAGAUUUCAGCCCGAACUGGUCAAGUACGUUGCCCACAUAACGUACGACAAAGUCGCGGGCCCCAAGUCCCGAGGUGCUUUGCCUAGGCCGGAGCCUGCGGUGGCUUCGGAUUACUUUGCGAAUGCUCUCGCCAAAGCGCUGGGGAACCUAGAAUCGGCUCUGACCUCGGCCACCGUCAUCCGUGUCCAGGCCUUUCUCAUGCUCGGCCUGUACAAAUGGAGCCAGCCCAGCGGUGGCCUGGCGGCGUGGAUGUACGUCGGCGUGGCCAUCAGGAUGGCCCAGGGCUUGAAGCUGGGCUUCGGUGACCGGCCGUCGCGCGGGAACAAGAUUCUGGGUCCCCUUCCGCGAUCGAACAAGCCCGCACAGCUACCGUCGGAUCGAUGGAAGGACCAGGAGAUCAGGCGACGCACAAUGUUCAGCUGUCUGAUACUGGACCGGCUCCUGUCAUGUGGAUCCGACCGCGUCUCGGUGGUUCAAUCUGAGGACCUCCAGAUCCAGCUCCCCUGCACCGAACAUGCCUUCGACCUCGGCCGCGUCGUUUAUACCGGCUUUCUACGACAAGUGGGACGGGAGAUGGAGCGGCCCAUUGACGAUAGUGUUCUCAGCCGUUUCGUGCAACUGGCCGACUUUUGGGGGGACAUCACCAAGUAUAGCUUUGCGGGCGGCCGCCACAACGAAACGCUUCCGCCCUGGGACGCGGAAUCGACAUUUCAUCAGUUGAGCAGCAAGGUGGAAGCCUUCUAUGCCCACCUACCGGAGGAGUUUACCUGGUCAGGCGCGAACUUCUGGAAACACGACAACAGCAUGUACGUGUCACUCCACAUGCUGGGCUCUCUCUGCAAGAUCAUGCUGCACCGGGAAUACAUACCCUUCUUCGCCAUCAAAUGCCAAAAGCCGGUGGGCCCUCUGGACGAACCCGUUUUCGACCCUGCCAUUGUACCCGAGUAUUUCUGGGAGCGGAGUGCGGAGCAGGUCUUCAAGGCGGCCAGGGAGAUUAUAGACCUGAUCUCGACAUGUCGCGACAAGGUGCCUCACUCAUCAUUGGUUACCUUCGCCAUAUGGCAGGCAGCGUUCGUCGGCAUCUACGCCAGGCACUACCCGCACAUGGACACGGAAAACCACAUGGUCAGCAAAGAAGAGACUCAAGAGCGGGCUUCAGGAACAGUGUCUGAUAUUGCACAGACGGGGACCACGGGCAUCGCUUUCCAAGCGCUGACCAAAGUGGCUCCUUAUUUCAGCAUGGCUUCCAACUACGUGACUUAUUUCAGGGACAUGGACCAAUAUUUCACAAUGGUUUUCUCCGACUACACGAGCCGAGGGUCAAGGAAAAGCAGUGAUGGACCUCUGAGUAUCCGGUUGAGCGGAGGUGGCGGCGGGCUUGAAGAAUGGAGGGUAAAGGCGGACAAGAUCACGAGCAACGGCAUCAUCCUCGACGACGACCGGCCGGCGGGCUAUGACGGGUCUGAAGGAUCACGGGCUAGCACGUUGGAAAGAAGUUCUUCUCUGGGCCCCGAGUAUUCCCAACUCGGCGCCGGCGGCCUCGACAGCAGGAGGGAUUCCCGACAGGCGUCGACCUUCACCGCCAUCAACCUCGGUUCGUUCCAUCAGCAAGCUGGUCAAGAAGGCCUUGCCAGCGGUAUAUCCCAUCACUCGCCGACACAGGGCUUCUCCUCGACUCCCGGUUCCAUGGCUAACGAUGUCGGGAUCGCGGACCUCCAUGUAGAAACCGGCAACAUCGAUUCGUACAUUCGACAGACUCAGGGACAGCGGUUCGGCACCAUGCUUGAGGACAUACAGGAGUUCAGCACCGGAGGGAUGGUCUGCGAGCCGAGUGUUGGAAACUGGGACAUGCUUAAGCCGCCGUUUUACACGCAGAUGGCGGGCGGCGGCCAGCAGCCGCAGUUCAAUGGCAGCAACUUCUCUUGAC